GGACACUCCUGGACAAGAUUACUAGAACUAAGAAGUGACGAGUUUUGGAAAGUUUGUAGGUAGAGAAUUACCAUCACCGCGCGGCGGUGAUCUCUGUCCACAAACCCUAACCGGGACCGAGAAAAGACAGCGAUGGCGGAAGUACGAAACGAUCAAGAGGAACGUGCGUUGCCCCUGAAAAGGAAACCCCAACCAGACCCCAUCGUCGCAGUUGCUACUAAAAGCCUAAAUGACGACGAGUCUAUCAAGAAGGCCAAGCUCGAAAAAUCUGUUGCUGCUGUCGCUUCCGAUUCGGAUGCCGAAGACAAAUUGAUUGGCGAAGGAUCUCAGAGGGACGAUAGUUCUGUGAAUGAUGAUGAAGGCGAGGAGGAUGAGGAGGACUACGAUGUUGAAGAGGAAGACGACGCUGAAGACGAAGAGCUGUCUAAUGGAGUCACGGAAAUCGACCGAAAAGGGAAAGGAAUACUGAUUGAGGAACCGGUGGAUGAUUCUGAUGGUGAAUCCGGUUCUAGUGCAUCUGGAAGCGACUAUAGUACGGACGGAGAAAGCUGUCCCUCUGACGACGAUCCCCUUGCAGAGAUUGAUUUGGAAAACAUCCUCCCUUCCAGGACUCGAAGGCGUACGGUUCAUCCCGGGGUUCGUAUUUCUCAACAGGACACAGGUAAAGCUGAACAUGGCAGCGAUGGCGGUCGUAGUAGUGAUGCUUAAUUGAUUCAAAUUUCUUCUUAAAAUUUUAAGUCUAAAUCUUUGUGUUGUGUUAAAACCCCAAGCACUAGUUAAGGAGGUCUCCCAUUCCUUAGUUAUGUAUAGCUUGGAUGGUAUUUGCUUAUGCCCUUUGAUCUUCAUAGAUGUCUUGUGAAUUUUAACAAGCCACUGUCUUGUUUGUUCUUCACUAUGUCUUUAUGGAAUUGAUGUUCACUUGCUAUAAUGUGAUUGGAUCGAGCGUAUGUAUCGAUAUGUAUGUUCUUA